AUGUGCGUGUGGGGCUCCAAGGGAGUCACUGUCAUGGAGCUCCCGGCGCGGUGGGGCCGCUCGGGCCUGUUCGAGUCGGGCAACUACUCCAUCCUGUGCAACAACUGCGGCAGCAGGAUGUGCGUGUGGGGCUCCAAGGGAGUCCCUGUCAUGGAGCUCCCGGCGCGGUGGGGCCGCUCGGGCCUGUUCGAGUCGGGCAACUACUCCAUCCUGUGCAAGAGUGCCACGCUUGACGAGAGGUUCCUGUACUCGCAAACUGAAGUGAGGAGUGUGCAAUGGCAUCCUACGUCGCUGUCGCGGCUUCUUGUCUUGGUCUCCGACAAUACUUUGAGGCUCUACAACGUAGCAGUAAAGACAGGGCCCAAGCUGGUCAAAGUGAUCACCAUAGGCCCGAAGCCCCACGGCCUGUUAGCUGGCCGGACCUUCCUAGACAGCCUAGGGGAUACGGCCGUGGACUUCACCCCUACUCCUGACUCGGAACACAUCCUCAUACUGAGGGGAAACGGCGAUGUGUACAUGAUGCCGUGCGACAUAGAAGCCAUGAGCUCCAACCAGCCAAAGAUCACCGGUCCCUUAGCCAUGUAUCCUCCAGCAGACGACAACUACGGCACCGACUCGUGUUCCAUCAUAGCGCUGGGCAGCCCCGACGCGCCACCUGUAGUGGUGGUAGCUACCUGCUCCGCUGCCUUGUACCACUGCCUGCUUCUGCCCCAUGUGAGUGACAUGUGUAUUUCCAACUCCAACCAGCCAAAGAUCACCGGUCCCCUAGCCAUGUAUCCUCCAGCAGACGACAACUACGGCACCGACUCGUGCUCCAUCAUAGCGCUGGGCAGCCCCGACGCGCCGCCUGUAGUGGUGGUGGCUACCUGCUCGGCUGCCUUGUACCACUGCCUCCUGCUGCCCCAUGUGAGUGAUAUGUUGUACCCUGUGCAGAGAUGGACCAUCAUGGGGGUGGAUAAGGCCCCGUGA